AUGGACGCCAUCAAGCUGCUUCUGCUUCUGUUGAGCGCCUCCACCGGCCUGGCGCUGCUCAGGGUUCCUCUGCAGCGAGGGCGCUCCGUCCGCUCGCAGCUGCGCGCCGCCGGCGUGCUGCGAGACUUUCUUCACGAGCACCGGCCCGACGCGUUCAGCCGGCGCUACUCUCACUGCUUCCCUGCCGGGACGCCGUCGUUGCGCCUGGGCCGAUCCAGCGAGAAGCUCUACAACUUCAUGGACGCUCAGUACUUCGGUCAGAUCAGUCUUGGGUCUCCAGAGCAGAACUUCUCUGUGGUCUUUGACACCGGGUCAGCGGACCUCUGGGUGCCGUCGACGUACUGUGUCAGCCAGGCCUGCGCGGUGCACAACCGUUUCCGAGCGUUUGAGUCUUCUUCGUACCGUCACGAUGGUCGGACGUUCGGCAUCCAUUACGGAUCGGGACACCUGCUCGGGGUCAUGGCCAGGGACACGCUCAAGAUGAGCGGCGUGAGGGUGCACAAUCAGGAGUUCGGGGAGUCUGUGUACGAGCCGGGCUCCACCUUUGUGGUGGCGCGCUUCGACGGCGUCCUUGGCAUGGCCUACCCGUCGCUGGCCGAGAUCCUGGGGAACCCCGUCUUCGACAACAUGAUGGCGGGCGACUCCCUGGAUCGGCCCGUCUUCUCCUUCUACCUCAGCAGGAGGUCGGGCGGCGGUCGGGACGCGGAUGGUGAGCUCCUGCUGGGCGGCACCGACGAGGCUUUGUACAACGGACCAAUCACGUGGCUUCCCGUCACCGCCAAAGGCUACUGGCAGAUUCGCGUGGACAGUGUGUCUGUCCAAGGCGUGAACUCGUUCUGUCCUAGCGGCUGCCAGGCCAUCGUGGACACGGGAACCUCCCUCAUCGCCGGGCCCACCAAUCACAUCCUCAUCCUGCAGCAGCUCAUCGGAGCCACGCCCACCAGCAUUGGCGAGUUCUUCAUCGACUGCGCCAGGUUGUCCAGUUUGCCUCACGUGACGUUCGUUCUGGGCGGCAGCGAGUUCACGUUGACGGCCGAUCAGUACGUCAGGAAGGAGAUGCUGGGGGACAAAGAGCUGUGCCUGAGCGGCUUCCAGGCGGUGGACAUCGUGACGCCCCAGGGCCCUUUGUGGAUACUGGGGGACGUCUUCCUCACCGAGUACUACAGCAUCUUCGACAGAGGAAACGACCGCGUCGGAUUGGCGCCCGCUCGCCAUGCUGGGCGCUAA